AUGGCGAGCUCUCGUCCUGGCUCGCCUUUGUUUGACGUGCCAGAGUUUCCUGCGCUCAGGCGCGUAAAGCCUCUACCCAAACGGCGGCGUACAUCUGCGGAAGCGCCGUUGCCUGCUCCACCACCACCACCCGCUGACGGUGACACAACGUUCUUCAUGCCAAUCACCGACGACGGAGAUGGAAGCGCCAGCGAGGGCGAUUAUCCCGACCCGCACGCUGGCAAUACGAAGAAGCGUAAAGUGCCAGCUCACGCUCUAGGCGGGCCCGACACGCGAGCUGCCUCACCCGGAGCGGCUGAUGAUCCGCCAGGCGGCGGCGGGCAACCUAAUUCCACAAACGGCACUGCAACUGCUACUGGCGGCUAUGCCACGGACGAUACCGACGGUAGUCUGACCGCGCGAGGCAUGAAUCGGUUACAUACAGCCACGCGCGUUGGGCUUGCUCGAAAGGAAAUGCUGCGUGCGCGCCGCCGGCAGUUGGGAACAGUACUCGGGACUCCCGCGCAUGGCGAUACCCUCGCCCUCGAUCAAGCUCUCGCUAUGCGCUAUCCACUACUUGCGCGUGUUAACGGGCAGAAGCCGGAUGAUGCCCCGCACGGCAAGCUCCGCCGCCGUCUGAUCGCGCCACCCGAGAGCAAGAUACUCAAGAUCACGAACGGAGAGGAGAACGAGGAUCCCGACAAUGGCAUCACUGCUCCGGCAGGCGACUUUACGUUUGAGUGCCACUCGGCAACCGGCGAUCGCCUUGCCGAGACGUUGGCCGAAGUUGCCGUCUUGCAUGAGCGCAUCGAGGCCGAACUGGCACGUCAAGUCGCCCGUGCCGAAGAGGCCGCGCGCAUUGCUGCUGAGCAUGCUGCCGCAGCGCGACUGGCUGCGAAGGCGCGUCCGCAGACAACCAUCACGCCGUCUCACGCGCCGGCGCGCAAAGAACCCGCUGCAUUGCCGCCAUCUACGCCCGCUCCUCCUGCCACUACCAACAAGAAGGGCAAGAAGAAGAAACGCUCGGCACUCGCGAACGCUAGCAAUCCUCACCAUCUACGCAAUUACGUUCCGAGCCGACUCCCCAAUCAGCCGGCGACAAAUAAGGAGAAUGCCGCUGCGCAGAACCUGCUCAGUCCAUUGCCCGUACGGUUUCUCGCGGCCGGUACUGGUGGUGGGAAAGAUACGGUCGAUCCGCAAGACGAGUGGAUCUGCCCGACUUGCGAGUAUCGACUUUUCUACGGCGGCGAUGCGGAGUAUAGGCUUGCGAUACGAAACAGGAAGAAGAUACUGAAGCGUCGGAAGAGGGCGAGGGAGCGUGCGGCAGCUGCUGCAAGUGGGAAACGGUCAACGGCCGCUGCGCCUGCGCCAGCGCCCGCACCCGCGCCUAGUGGAAUCGAGGAAGAGUUUGACGAUGAGGAUUAUGAAGAUGGACCGGAGGACGUUGGAGGCGAUUACAACAACGUGCCACGAUAUGCUGAUGGAGUGGGAACUGGGCCCAAAGGGAGGAUCAAGGAUGGCGGACAGUGA